GCCCGACAACGAAGCCACCGUCAAGUACAUUUCUUCUCUGAUGAACCUAGACAGCUACCGCGAUGGCUUCUGGCUGUACAUUGUUGCCCGAGACCUGCAGGCAAAGGCGCCGUCGUCGUUCGAUGCUGCGUCGUGCUACAAGUGUGCUGGCACAGCUGGUUGGGACAAACUGAUCACAAGCGCGCUGAGCACCGACGUGUUGCGGUUCGUGCCCGACAUAAACAGCGGCCAGCACCACGAGCACAACAUGUGCGAGUACAUGCAGCAACACGAGCGGAAAGACAAGACCUCGUCGAAGAACCAGCCGCGGGAGAGGCGUAGCGACGCGGAGCUGCGGGAGUUCUUCUCGGCGUCCCUCCCCGGCCUCUUCGGCGAAGCCGAGCACGGGCACGUGAGGGUCGCUCUGGGCGCUGGCGAAACCAGCCAGGCGGCGCCACUUAGCGACGCAGACUUCCUGGCAGCGCUGAAACUGGCGUGGCCAGACCAAGUCACAGACAACGGCAUGUGGCGCAGGUCAUUCGCCGACCGCCUCUGCAAGCGGCCCCGUCACGCCUGA